AUGACUUCGAAAACACCAGUAAACGGUGUAGGAUACGAUAAAUCGCUAUUGAAGGCCGCGCCAGCCGUCUCAAAGCUCGACAAACAGGAGGGCUACGAUCCAACGCUGCUCGAGGCCAAACCGGCGUCGCCAGCACCCGGAAGAAAGACUCCCGCAAACCCAGCGUCUCCGAUACAGAACAAGUAUGCCGGCAGCGAUGAAUCUCCCAAAGCGGCCGCGCUCCCGAUCGACAGAGAAGCAGGCAGAUCGGCCAAAGGGCGAAAACCCAAUAAAACAAAGUGGAUCAUCGGUGCCGUGGUCAUUAUCAUCUUGAUCAUUGGUAUCGGUGUCGGUGUCGGCGUUGGUGUCGGUGCCAAGCGACGAAAUAACGACAGCAGCUCCCCGUUGGUGACUACCGGGAGUGGUGCACCAGCCGAGACGGGCGGAAGUGAACCUACAAAGACAGUAGCUGGGCAAGGGGAUUUCACAAAGACCGACACAACAGCUCCAACUCAGCAGACCAAUAUUGCUGACGGUGGUGUGGAACCUGCUUCACCCAAUUCUCCACCAACUGCCUCGACAACUGGCAAGGGUGGCGUACUAAAAGGCUACUACUACUGA